AGUGAAAUGUCAAAACGAAAAAUUCUUACGGUGACAUCGAUCGGCAUCCCAAUUGAAUUCACUUGAAUUCAGAGAAUAAAUUGUUUUCUGCUUUUCCGAGGCAAUAAAAGUUACCUCUAUCAGUAUUCCGUGUGUGUAUUUCAUCAGAGAACAGUGAAUAAAAAAAACAAUUCAAGUGGUUUUCUAAUUUCAUUUCGAUUUUCCAUUUGCGAGUGAAGUGCGAAAUAUGUGCGUCCUACUGCGGCGGGUGUCGAAAAUAAGAUGUCUACACCUGUAAAGCGUAAAAUUACACUCGAACUCAACCCGAACAAAAAAGUUCUCCCGAAAGAUCGCCCCAGCGUGUUCCAGCGCCUCGGCACGAAAAAGUUCCCCUCGGCAGGAACAACCAGCGGGAGCGGUUCCGUGAAGCAGCACCAGGACCAGGAUUCGCAUCAGGUCAUUAAUAAAGAGGAGGUUGUUAAACGUAUUGUAAACUGUGACGAGCAACCGGAGCCUGUUCCACCACCAAAACCAGUGCCGGAAAGUGUUUCAGCGCACGCCAGGCUUAUCGAGGCACAACUCGCAGCCAAACUCGGCAAAGUUAUAGUUAGCAGAGGUGAAACGAUCGGAGCAGUAGAGCCCGUUGUGCCUGCCGGUGGCAACAGCGGUGUUCCCAACAGAAACGAAACGGAACGCGGAAGUGCACACAACAGCUCCGCAGCAAGUGGGGACCGAGGUGGUGGCGGAGGUGGAGUAAGCAAUUCUGGUCCAUCGAACAACUUAGGCGGGGGCGGCGGCAGCAGCAGCGGUGCCGGAGGCUGGGAUCAAUCCAGUCUGGAGAAUGCUGAUCAGGACAUUCUAGAGCGCAAAAGAAAAGAACUGCAACAAGAGCUGAAACUUGAGAUGGAUGCCAGUGGAGGCGGAAGCGGACAUCACCAUCACCAUCAUCACUCAUCGUCGCUUGCGAUGAAGCAGAAAAGUACCAAGGAGACACUUGUGGUGAAGAAGGUCCGAAAAGUUCCGGUACCUAGGCGAUCCUCUUCCAGUUCGGACAGUUCAAGCAGCAGCGGAUCGGACUCGUCCGAUUCGGAUUCCAGCUCGAGCUCUAGCAGUUCCAGUCGGGAUUCUAGGAGAGUCAAGAAACGAGGUGUCCGACCCCGGCGAGGCUCUAGUUCCAGCUCGGAUGGUUGUGGCAGUAAAAAAGUCAUUAAGAAGCAUGUGAAGAAAGUUCCCGCUGAUGGGACAAAACGGAUUAUAACCAAGAAGAUUGGUGGUCAUUUGACUACGAAGAUUCGCGUUAAAAAGGUAACCAGUCCAGGCGGAACUAGUCACAUUCGUAAAGUUGCACGGGAUGUUUCUCCCGGUGGCAAAGUACCCACGAAAUAUACGAUAAAGAAGGUAGUCGCGGUGAAAAAGGACAAACACUCCGCGGUUGUAGAUGCACGGGAACGCGUACGCGAAAAAGAACGCGAACUUGCACUGCGAGAGAAGGAACGUGAAAGAGAAAAGGAACGCUUGAGACAUCGCGAACGUGAACGGGAACUGGAGCAGGUAAAAAGCCGUUCACCUCGAGCGCUGAUACGUUCUCGUUCACCAAGAUCGCGCUUGUCACCGACCUCGAUAACGAUAACCGCUCGUGGAAGAGAGCUAAAGAAAAAAUCUCCUGAGCCAGCGAGAUAUAGAGAGCCUGUGGCGACUGUUACCAGGCGUGCGGAACGAUCCCUUGACCGCGUUGAGGAUCGACGACGACAGCAUGAACCUUCGAAUGACCGCGAGCGUCGCGAACGGCACGAGCGAGAGCUGGUUCGGCCAAAAGAACGCGAAGAAGUUGUCGUUCGACCGUUAGAGCGACCCCGAGAACGGGAAAGAUUGGCCGUCAAGGAAAAGGUACGUCGUGUUGAUCGGGAUGGUGAUGGCGGCUUGGAAAAACCCGAUCGACAUCGUCCCGUUGAGCGGCUGUUGCCUCGACCAGCCGAACGCGCUCGUGCUCUAGCUGCGGCGCGAUCUCCCGGGAAACCAGAUCGGGAUCGCAGUCGCAGUCCCAAUUCGCCCAGAAGCCGCGAGAGGAUCCCCAGAGAGCGAUCGUAUGAACGUGGAGCCGCCGAAAGAGGAGGAUAUAUCGAUCAUCAUGACCGUCGCAGUCGCUCGAGAGAAAGAGAAUAUGUUGCCCCGAUUGUCCGCGGGGCGCGUUCACGUGAUAGCCCAUAUGAACGUCACGCUCCAGUUGUACCGGUACGGGAAACUAGAGAAUACCGAGAGAACGAACGCGGCAGCGGCUACGAAAGGGAUCGUCGUGAUUACGCUCGAGCUGAGUAUCCGGAUGAUCCGCUCCCGAGACGGGAACCCGAGAGGGAUUGGGAGCGUGAACGAGAACCAGAUCGUGCACCCUCGCAUCGUGUUUACGACAGACGCGAAGAACACGGAGGUCGAGACUGGGAUCGUGAUCAUGGGCCUCCUCCACACAGUCACAGUCACGAUCAUGAACCGUAUCCAAGUUCUUCUAGAAACUGGGAGGAACCGCAUUGGAAAGAUGGAUCAGAUGGAUGGGCUAAUGAGAAGGAACGCGGUGGCGAUUGGAAAUACAAGGACCGACAGUGGGACCAUGACGAUCAUCCGGCGGCUGGAGCUGGGCAACAUACACAUAAUCACGGGGGAAAUCGUCGUUGGCCACCGGGACAUUCGGAGCAGGGUCAACCCUCAACAUGGCAUGGAAAACCGAAAGAAGAUCUGGAAUUUGCACCGCGUCAUAAAUUGGCUGGAAGACUUGGCGAAGGCGGUGGUGGUGGCGGUGGUAAUAAUGAUCGUCCAAUGUUUCGUCGCCAAGGGCACCAGGGACACACGUCAAUGUUUCAUCAUGGUCGUAAACCUCAUUUGGGUCCCGGUCGCUUUGGGAAUAAAUAUAGUCUCAAUCGCACACAGCAAAAUCUAUCUGUUCAGCACCAACAUCAAGGAUCUCUCGGACCAAACCAACAACAACCGGGGACAAGUCGCUCUGCGUCUGCCCCCAGAAGUCCCAAUGCCCAACAACAAAAUGCAACGGUACCAUCGAUCAAUCAAAAAGAAGUAAAUUUAUCAAUUUCCGAACAAAUCGCAUCUGGCCAAGAUGGAGCUCCACCAUUCAAAUCUUCGGACAACCCCUCUGCUGUCGCUCGAAUGGGUGAACAUGCAAUUUCCUCACUCGUGGGCCCCGCAGAAUGGGAUGAACCGAUGGAUUCUCCAGCACCCAUCGAACCAAAGAGUGAAACAACAACUGAGGCUACCGCUCCCGUUGAUGCUGUUGUUGAAUCUGAGAAAGCUCCCGAACCCAUAGCGGAACCUCUGGAAGAGGAUAACCUGAGCGAAAUCAGUGAUGACCCGGAUGAUAUCCUGACGAGAGAGGAGGAGGAUGAUGUUAAUAGCUGCAUCGUAUCUGCCAAAGGUAAUGGGACUUUAAAUGAGAUGGACAAUUCUUGUACCGCCUCAGCGACCGUAACGUCGUCUGGAGCAGUAUAUGGUUCAUCAUCAUCAAUGAUGAUUCCGUCGCAAGUUUUACAAAAUCAUCCACAUCAGUUCCAACAGCACCAGCAGCAGCAACAGCAACAACAGCAGCAGCAGCAACAAUCAUUUCCCCCUCGGCGUCCUUUUUUAUCUAAGGCUAGAUACAAAUCUUACGAUGGGUGUAUCGGAGGUCCGCUCCCCGAUCUUUACGCGAAUGUCGAUGACAGCGGAACGUCGCUACGAAUCGCUGCCGGAGAAAUAACCCAAGCGAUCGAAUCGUCUGGCGCGGAUAAACUUUCCUCCGGGGAUCCCAAUGCUCUGGGCCAAGGUGCUAACGAUGCGGCGAAUAUCGGUUCGGAUGAACUGCUUGCAAACUCAUCGUCGUUGCAAUCGCAACAGUCGAACACUAAUUGGGAUCACUCGGGCGAUGCAUCAGCAUCCGGUCAGGAGGCUAAAGAUGCAAAGGAAGCCGGAAAACUGCACGCUAAUAAAGAGCUGAAGGAGGAGAUGGAUUUGGAUUUCGAGGAAAUCUCCGAUGGAGAGCUGGAGGAGGAAAAUAAAUUCAAAGGUUUGGGAGAUGCUCUUGGUGUGGAUUGGGCAAGUCUAACACUCGAAACACGAGCCAAGUUGAAGCCUGAACAAACAAUACCUGUUUCCGCACGAAAUCGCUGGAAGGCCCAUCAUAUCUUGUUGGACAUCGGAAUCUCAGUCCGUCUCGCCGGAGAAGCAUAUGCACAACGGGUUCUAACCGAGUCCAAGGAAAAGCUUCGAGAAGAAAUCGAUGAGUUCAAAGCGGCUGCCGAGCGGAAGAAAGUGGCGGCAGUCAAAAAAGAAGAAGAGGAGCAAAUGAUAAAUGGUGUGAAAAUCAAGAAAGAAAUUUUGGAUGAAGAUGAUCAGGAAGCGCGUAAGGAAGCAGAACAAGAUGGUAAUUCCAUCAAAAAGGAGGAGGGCAUAGAUGAUUCAAAGGAAGCCACUGAGCAGGAAACUAAUCUGGCUGAAAUGGAUAAAAUUCUCCACCCUGUGGCAGCUGUUCACGUGGCUAUGCGCGAACGGCUCCAAGCUCGCCGCAAUCUUAUUCUGCAUGCAGCAGGUCCCCACAGCCGAGCGCUGAGUGCUCGUCGUGAUUUGGAAAUUCGACGCCAACUGUGCGGCUUUCCUCCGCAGGAAUGCAACGAACGUAUUACUGAGCAUCAAACCGCUCCGACCAAUCCGGAAUUGCAUGAAACAGUUAUGAAGCUCUUCAUGGCUACGGUUCAACCGAAGAAAAUUGAAGUGCAGUGAGACGGCGGCGGCAUGUAAGUGUUUUGUUUAUUUGCGGUAUUGCUGAAAUAAUGAUAUCCAUACUUUAGAGCUAAAUAUUUUACGAACGGAAGGAAAAUGAAUUUUCCUUCGCUCAGAACACACCAACUCCAAUGUAUCGUAUCCGUAAAAAAAGUUUUUCUUUCCCUGUUGUGUAUUUGAAAAUGACAUGUCUUGAUUACAGAAAUAAAGUUUUAUUAUC